AUGUUGUUCUUCUUUGACUUUGAGGACAUAACUACAUCGGGACAGAGCAUCUUCUGUUGGAAAGCUCAUGAAGGGGAAGGUGUUCCAGCUCCUGUCCUGGAGAGUUUGGGUGUAGAUGGUAGCAUUGAAGUUGCAUCAUCAAUGCAGCCGUCUGUCAAUUCAGUUUGGAAGAGUCAACAACCAAACACCUCUUUCUCCUUUGUCAUUCCUAGUAUAGAACUCUCUUCAUCAGAUGCCUCUGUCUUCGGUACACAAUGGGCUGACGAUGCAAACGAAAAACACGUCAUCUCUAACCGUAAAGAAAGGAGGAAGUGGUCACCAACUGAAGAUCUCGUUCUCAUCAGUGCUUGGUUGAACACCUCCAAGGAUCCCGUGGUGGCGAAUGAGCAGAAGGCAAUCGCAUUUCGGAAACAGAUUGCAUCCUAUGUUGCAUCAAGCCCAAAGCUUUCUGCUUUGCAAAAGAGGGAGCCAACUGCAACUAAAGCUAAAUCCAGUGGGAUGAGUGAGGAUGAUGUUUUGAAGAUGGCGCAUGAGAUAUUCUUCAAUGACUACAAGCUAAAAUUUACACUCGAGCAUGCCUGGUUGGAGCUUAGCCAUGAUCAAAAAUGGUGUGGCGCUUCUUCAACCAAAGACAAGGUAAGCUCCAAAAGAAGAAAGCUGGAUGACCAGACUGCACAAUCAUCGACCUCUGUGCAAGGUUGCCUUGGAGAAGAUCAAGCUAUGGCUCGGCCGAUUGGUGUAAAAGCAGCUAAGGCCAAAGGAAAAAGCAAGGGAAAGACUUCGGAAGAGGCAGUGGAGCUUCAGACCAUGUGGGAGAUAAGGCAAAAUGACUUUGUCUUGAAGGAGAAGCUUAACAAGCAAAAAUUGAUGAUAGCUUAA